CGACACGUCCGCCAGAUCCGCGUCGUUUACGUGCUCGUUUUCAUUCCUCUGCGGAUCUUAUCCAUCGAUUGUUUGUGUGCAUAAGCGGUGUUGCCGAUCAGCUGCAGACAAAUUAUCCAGCCGAUUUGCGUCGCGUUCUCAAAAUGGUCCUGCAACCAGUUGAUGUUGUGCCCGUUUAUGAGGUACAUUUUUUGCGCCAUGGCGUUGUCGAUUUAUUCGGCUUGAUCAGCAGUGUUCGAUGGGUGCCCGACAGUGAUUGCGAGCAGUGCACCGCCUGUAGUGCUCCAUUCACCCUGGUCCGCCGCCGUCACCACUGCCGCAAUUGUGGACGGAUUUUCUGCUCCCGUUGCUCUUCCAAUUCAUUGCCGCUUCCGGAAUUAGGCUAUGACAGAAAGGUGCGUGUAUGUAAUCUGUGCUUUCUGUAUAAAAUUAAUCCGUUUUCACCUUGUCCCGGCGCACCAAACUCCUCUCGAAAUCAUCCUGAUAAUGGUAAUAAUAGCGCAGCUGCAGCUACUGCCGGUGGUAUGUCUUGGUUUCAUUUUUUGGCAUCCUUAUUGCGUUUGUAUUCUUCAAGUUACAAUAUUUUCCAUCGCGUAAUCAGUUUAGUCCAUUUAUGCGUUUUUGCUGUGCAGCUAUAG